UGAUUGGCUGCGACGUAGUUAAUGCGCUGUCCGACCAAUGGCACGACAGCCUCGAACACUUAAUGUUCUCUGACAACAAAACCAGUUCAUUGAUUUGUCAACUUACCGGAAGUUAAUGCUAUGCCAAAUACUUUAAAAUAUGUUGUGAGUGUUGUGACCUUUAAUAUUAGUUAGAAAGUUUAACAAAGUCAUAAUUAUUGUGUAAAGUGAGCAUAAGAUGUACAAAAUAUGUUUUCUGCUUCUUAUAGCAGUGGCUAAAGAUUGCAGAUCGCAGGACGAGGAGGGCCCGUACCGCGGCAAGUUCAUCGGGAAACUCAACUCCUAUCACCACCAGGUGUCAGGAGAUGUGUAUGCAGUAGAUGACUUUACAAUAUUGCUGGUGAACUUCAACUAUGAUGGCACCGGGGACGACACGUUCUUCUGGGCAGGAGACGCUGGCCGGCCCGGCCCACAGGGCUUCAUCGUGCCCAACGAGUAUGGCAGGACGAACAUCCUGGAGCGGUACUUCAACGCGGAGGUGCGGCUGGCGGUGCCCGAGGGCAAGCGCAUCUCGCGCAUCAAGUGGCUGGCCGUGUACGACAUCGGCAGCCAGAACGCGUUCGGCGACGUGUACGUGCCGGACGAGUUCGAGGCGCCGGCCGAGCGCGCGGUCGGCCCGCUCGCCGGCUCGCCCGCCGUCUCCAGCAAGCCCGUGCGCUUCCUCGACGCCACCACCAUCCUAAUUCCGGAGUUGCGAUACGACGGCAGUGGCGAGGAGGUGUACUUCUGGACCGGAGUGGGCCCGCAGCCCUCGUCCAGAGGCGAGAAGAUUCCCGACGAGUAUGGCUACCUGGAGCCGCUGCGCGCGUACGCGGGCGAGGACGUGCGGCUGGCGCUGCCGGGCGGGCGCACGGUGUUCGACGUGAAGUGGGUGGCGCUGUGGGACAAGGCGCGGGCGCAGUCGCUGGGCGCGGUGCUGGUGCCCGACGCGCUCAACGUGCCGCCCGCGCCGCAGGCCGCGCUGCCCUACGCGUCGCCGCUGCCGCACUGCAAGCAGCUGCACCGCGACCUGCAGGUGUCGUGGGAGGUGUUCGGCAACCAGGUCACGGUGGAGCUGGCGGCGCAGAUGGACGAGGACGAGUACAUGGCGUUCGGCGUGUCGGGCAGCGCGGCGGGCUCGCGCAUGCUGGGCGCCGACGUGGCGGUGGCGCAGUACAACGCGCAGCAGCAGCGCGGGCUCGCCACCGACUACAACAUCACCGCGCUCGCGCCCUGCGUGCAGGUGCUGGGCGCGUGGCAGGGCGUGUGCCGCGACGACCGCGUGGGCGGCCUCGACUCCAACCAGGUGUUCAGCGCGCGGCGGGAGAACGGCCUCACCGUCGUGUCCUACCGCCGCACGCUGGCCGCGCAGGAGCCCAUGGACCGCGACUGGCCCGUCGACCGCGAAGUGUUCGCCGUGUGGGCGCUGGGCCGCCUCGACCACGAGCGCGAGCCCGCCUUCCACCGCCUGUUCCCGCGCGCCGACGUGCGCCUGCACCUCGCGCGGGACCCGCCCACCAACGACUGCGUGCCCUUCGCCGUCGCAUCACGCGCGGCGCCGACGCCGUGGGAGGUGGCGGAGCUGUUCGACCCGGCGCUGCGCGUGUUCACGUUCCGGCUGGGCCCCGCGGGCGGCGCGCGGGGGCUGCCGGGCCGCCCGCUGCGCCACUCGCCGCCGCUCGCCUGGUACGUCAACGGCCAGCUGGCGCCCGACCUGCAGCUGCGCCGCGGCCUGCAGUAUUCCUUCAAGGUGUACGGCGGCAACGACCCGCACUCGGCGACGGAGUACCACCCGCUGAUCGUGACGGCGGAGCCGGUGGGCGGGCUGGAGCGGCUGGGCGAGGCGGCGCAGCGCAGCGCGCGCGUGCUGGCGGGCGUGCACACCACGCGCCGCGGCCGCCUGGCGCCCACGGCCGCCGGCCCGCUGUGCCGCGCGAGGCCUGCGCCCGGCGCCGACACGCGCCGCGACGCCGACUACGCCACGUUCCGCGCCUACAACCGCUCGCUGGUGUGGGACUGCCCCGCCGCGCCGCCCGCCGAGCUGCUGGUGGCGCCCAACAGCACGUGGCCGGACCGCGUGUACUACCACUCGUUCUCGCACGCGGGCAUGGGCGGCCGCAUCUACGUGGUGGACAAGCACCGGCGCAACAUCGGCCGCACGAGCGCCGCGCCCCCCUCCCCCCUCGCGCCGCGCGUCGCCGCGCUGCUGGCGCUGCUGCUCGCGGCCUUGUGACUGCAAUCGGACGAACUGACUCACUGAGGAAACAGUACCUCAUAUACGAACUGACGCUUGUACCAAUUUUAGUGUACCAGUGUAUUAUUAAAUAAAUUAAAUAAAAAUGUAUAAAUUCAAAA